AUGGAAACCGCUGCAGCGACCGCAGCGGCGCAAUUGCGCGUCCACGCGUCGGCCUUGCGUCGGCCCGCACCUGCCGUGACGCAUGCACCCCUACGGUGGCCUUCUGCCAACACUCGGCCCAGCUACCAGCAAGGGGGUUGCCAGCACCAUCCCCCCGUUUGCUCCGCGACCGACCAUGCCGCGGCCGCCACCGACGGGCUCCAGCCUGCGCAGCCGCCCGCCUCAGCUGAUGGCACCCCGAGCGUGCAGCAGCUGAAGGCAGCCUGCCACGACGCCGCGGCUUUUGCAGCAGCCCUGGAGCGCCUGACGGAGCGUGGCAGCGGCGGCGGCGCUACCGAGGCUCACGUGGUGGCGGCAUGGGCUGCACAGCGCCGCAGCCCGGCCCUGCACCCGGUGCCGGGGUCGGCGCAGGAGGCGGACGCGCUGCGGGCGCUGGUUGCGCUGGAGGAGCUGACGAGGCGCCAUCUGGUGGCGCUCACACCCGACCAGCUGGGCUAUGUCUUCAGGUGCUAUGUGCUGGCUGGCGGCGAAUCCAGGCCGCUCCUGCAGCGCCUGCAGCAGACGGCCUGCAGCUGGAGGGCCCUGGACUUUAGCGCCGCAGGGUUGGCAGAGCUGGCAUGGGCCCUUGCCUCCAGCAGCGAGCCUGUGUCAGACGGCUGCCGCCAGUUGCUCCAUGCUGCGCUGCAAGAAAAACACAUAGACGGCUGUCAGCAGGGCCAGCAGGAGCAGCAGCAGGUGCAGGCACAGCAGCAGCAGCCCAGCAUGGGUUUGCCUCAGCAAGAGCACCAUGCGCAGCAGCAGCAGCAGCAGGUGCCGCCCCGCACGCCACCGCUGCGGCAUUGGAGCGUCUGGUUUGAAGGCGCGCCAGCCAGCAAGGUGGCGCUGCUGCUGUGGGCAGCCGGCCGCCUAGGCUGCCGUCCCUGCAAGGCCUGCACGCAGGCGGCAGCAGCAGCGCUGCUGCGGCCUGGCGCCGGCCUGGCCUCGCUCCCAACAAAGUCGCUUGGGACGCUGCUGUGGGCGCUGGCCACGCUGAGGGCGGAGCAGCACACAGCGCUGGCACGGGCGGUCACUCAGGCCCUGGGCGAUCGCCUGGAGUCUGCCCUGGGGUGGGAGCAGGGCGAGGCGCUGCCGCCUGCAGGAGCACAAGGGGAGGUGGUGAUGCCGCGAUCAUCGGCCGCGGGAGGCCUGUCGUUUGGCGACGACAGCGGCGGCAGCGUGCUUGGCAGCGGGCCGGGUGGCGGCAGCACUGAGGAGGAGGAGGAGGAGGAGGCGGUGCUGGGGGGCGCAGCCACGCCGGCGCCUAUGCCUCACGUGGGCUCUACCAGCUUUGGCGAGGAGCGGCAGUCAGGAGCAGGAGGCACCGGCACUGGGAGCAGCAGCAGCUGGUGGCAGGCAGGGAGGCAGGACUUUCCCACCGGCAUGCUGAGCACCGUGGUGUGGGCGUGUGGGCGGCUGCGGCACGGCGACCCGCGGCUGCUGCAGGCUGCGGCCGCUCUGCUGCAGGAGCAGGUGGAGGAGAUGUCUCCUGGGGACGUGGCCAGGGUGCUGUGGGGCCUGGCGCAGCUGGGCCACUGCCCCGCCCCGCUGCUGUCGGCCGUGGCGGCCCACCUGCAGGCGCCGGGCGUGCUGCCCGAGUUUGGUGUGCGCCAGCUGGCCAUGACGACACAUGCGUUUGUCGCGCUGGACUUCUUCCCAGGCCAGGGCUGCGUGGACCUGGUUGCCGACGCGUGCCUGGCCGCCCGCCACGCGUUUGGCGGCGAGCCGCGCGCGCUGAGCAACGUGCUGUGGAACAUGUCACGCCUGGGGCACGUGGACGAGCUCUUCUACCUCGCCUUUGUGCCCGUCAUCCUGCCCAGCAUCGAGCGGUACGGUCCCAGCGAGCUUGCUGACGUGGCGCGCGUGUACAGCCGCAACGGGCUCAACCCGGGCGACGAGCGCGGCGGCGGCGGCACGCUGUUUGAUGCGCUGGCGCGCCAGACCGUGGAUCGCAUCCAGGGCGCAGACCUGCAGGACGUGCUCAGGCGGGUGGCUGGCCUGGCUGCAGGGAUCAUGACCGCCUUCCACCAGAUGGGGCUGCAGCCCGAGGAGCUGCUGGCGGCGGCGCUGAGCCUGGCGCUGUGGAGCUUUGCCCGCAUGGGCACCAGCAGCCGCAAGCUGCUGGAGACGGCGGCGGCAUGCGCAGAGCAACAGCUGGCGGCCUUCACCCCCGCCCAGCUGGCCAAGGUGGCCUGGUCGCUGGCCAAGCUGCGGUGGCCCGCGCCGCGCGUGCUGCGCCACGCGGGCGCCCAGCUGGCGGAGCGCACCGCCGCUUUCAAUGACAAGGAGGCCUCCAACGUGCUGUGGGCGCUGGCGAGCGAGGGCGAGGCGCUGCCCGGGGAGGCUCUGGAUCGCAUCGCCGCCAACCUGGCGCCGCGGCUGAAGUCGUUUGGGCCGCAGUCUCUGGCCAACAUUGCGUGGGCGUAUGCCACGCUGGGCCACCACCCCGCGGCGCCCCACUUCCUGCGCCAGCUGGCGCACGCCGCGCAGCGCUGCCUGCCAGUGUUUGAGCCCCAGGGCCUCUCCCUGCUGGUCUGGUCCCUGGCCUCCCUGGACUGCCGGCAGGCAGAGCUGCUGGGCAAGAUUGUGUCCCUGUGCUGCGACCAGCCCAGCCUGCUGCGCCAGUUUGAGGGGCAGCACCUGGCCAACCUUGUGUGGGGCAUGUGCCGCGUGGGAUACUGCCCCGCCCAACGCUUCCUGGAAGCCGUGGCGCUGGAGGUGCAGCUGCGUGUGUGCGACCUGAAGCCACAGGAGCUCUUCAACAUUGUGUGGGCGUUUGCGCAGCUGGGCUACCACCCCGCGUGUCUGUUUGAUGCUGUGGCGCUUGAGGCGGCGCCCCAAGCCGUCUCCUUCUCCCCGCAGGAGCUCAGCGGCAUGCUGUGGGCUCUGGCCAAGGCGGAGCAUGCCACUCGCGCCACCGGCGUCCUGCUGGAGGCUGUGGAGCACGAGGUGGCGGCACGGGCCGCCCGCUUCGAGCCCCGCCACCUGGCCAUCGUGGCCUGGAGCGCCGGCCAGCUGGGGCACGUGGUGCGGCCCGCCGCGCUGGCGGCCUUGCUGGGCGCCGUGCGGCCCGCGGCCUUGGAGGCGCGCUCCCUGGUGCCGCUGGUAGCCGGGCUGGCGGCUAUGGAACAGCAGCGGCAGCGGGACGAAAGGCCACAGCAGCGGCAGCGGCGGCAGCAGCAGCAGCAGGAGGCGGCGCCGGUCGAGCCGGCGGCGGGUGCUGCCGCCGGCGCCCAGCAGCCCAGCCGCGCCUCUUCCCCGCUGGUGCCGCCGCAGCUGCUGGAUGGGCUGGUGGGCCGCACCCGCCAGCUGCUGCCGGGCCUGAAACCUUUUGAGCAUGGCCAGCUGGUGUAUGGCUUUGCCGUGCUGGGCAGCCCGCUGGCACGGCAGGUGCUGCUGCUCUCGCCUGACGGGCCUGCCAGCGGGAUGCUGGCGUCGGCCGCGCGCCACGCCCCGCUGCCUGUGGUUGUUGGCCUGCUGUGGGCGGUGGCCAGGUGGGGGUGCUACUCCUCCCCCGGCCUGCCUCGCAUCGCCGAUCGCCUGCGCCGCACCAGCCCGCAGUACCGCCUGCCUCGCCCCGCGCUGGUGAUGCUGGGCCAGGCGCUGCGCAGCAUGCCGCCACGCGAGGUGCUGGCGCUGGCUCUGCCCUCGGGCAUGCAGCGCGCGGCGCUGGUGGCGGCAGCCGCGGCGGCACGGCGGGACGCGGCGGAGGCUGCCGGCGGCGCACGCGUUGCCAUCGGUGGCGGCGGCGAGGAGGCGGAGGCCCGGGGCGCGUCGCGCUGGAGCAGCUUCCCUGAGGACGAUGGGCGGCGGCGGCGUGCUCUGGCGGCAGGGGCUGGCCCGGAGCUGGGGGCCGUCGUUCAGCCCCCUGACGACCCUGCUGACUAUGAGGAGGGGGAGGUGCCUCUGGGGGCGACGUACGAAGCAGAGGAGGACUUCCAGAGCCUGUAG